AUGUGUGGUGCCUCUCCAUUAAUGGGUUCUAUAGUCUUGUUUGUGGCAUUAACCUCUCUUUGCCUACUUCCACACCAUGCACAAGCCGUUACACGACGCUACGAAUUCAAUAUCACGAUGCAAAAAGUUACUCGAUUGUGCCACACGAAGAGCAUAGUAACCGUGAACGGGAAGUUCCCGGGACCUCGAAUUGUCGCACGGGAGGGCGACCGUUUGCUUAUAAAAGUCACGAAUCACGUCCCCAACAACAUUACCCUCCAUUGGCAUGGAAUUAAGCAGCUUCGUAGCGGAUGGGCUGAUGGCCCCGCGUACGUGACCCAAUGCCCGAUCCAAACCGGACAUAGCUACGUGUACGACUUCACCAUAGUGGGCCAACGUGGAACCCUUUUCUGGCACGCGCACAUCUCGUGGCUCAGGUCGACACUCUACGGGCCCAUCAUCAUCCUCCCGAAAAAGGACGUACCUUACCCUUUCGAGAAACCUUUCGACGAAGUCCCAAUCAUAUUUGGGGAAUGGUUCAAUGCCGAUACCGAGGCAAUCAUCAGCCAGGCCUUGCGAACCGGUGGAGGCCCGAACGUGUCAGAUGCUUACACCAUAAACGGGCUUCCCGGGCCACUUUACAAUUGCUCUUCCAAGGAUACAUUCCGGUUGAAGGUGAAGCCCGGGAAAACAUACCUACUUCGCGUGAUCAACGCUGCUCUCAACGACGAGCUUUUCUUUAGCGCUAAAUUUUUUAUGAUGGCCCGACCAUACGUCACGGGCCAAGGCACUUUUGACAAUUCGACCGUAGCCGGGAUUCUCGAAUACGAGCCCCCGAAACCAACAAAAAACACGAAACAACUCCCACUCCUUAAACCGACCCUUCCGCCACUAAACGACACAGCAUUCGCCACGAGCUUCUCGAAAAAACUGCGAAGCCUCGCCAACUCACGGUUUCCCGCCAACGUCCCUAGAGAAGUCGACAAACGGUUCUUCUUCACAGUCGGGCUCGGAACAAGCCAGUGCGAAGGGAACCAGACUUGCCAGGGGCCCAAUGGGACCAAAUUCGCGGCCUCGGUAAGCAACAUAUCGUUCGUCCAGCCCACGACCGCGCUUCUCCAGGCACACUUUGAUGGCCUGUCGGGCCGAGUCUACAGCCCAGACUUUCCCUACAGCCCGAAGUGGUUCAACUACACCGGAAACCCACCCAACAACACAAUGGUUGGAAACGGGACGAAGCUCAUGGUCCUACCGUACAACACAAGAGUCGAGCUCGUUAUGCAGGACACGAGCAUUCUCGGGGCCGAGAGCCAUCCGCUUCACCUCCACGGAUUCAAUUUUUUCGUUGUGGGGCAAGGGUUCGGGAAUUUCGACCCGAAAAAGGACCCGAAAAGCUUCAACCUUGUCGACCCGGUCGAGAGGAACACUGUCGGCGUGCCGUCCGGCGGAUGGGUCGCCAUCCGGUUCUUGGCCGAUAAUCCGGGUGUGUGGUUUAUGCAUUGUCAUUUGGAGGUGCACACGAGCUGGGGAUUGAAGAUGGCGUGGCUUGUUCUGGACGGCGAGCUUCCCGACCAGAAGCUUCCUCCUCCUCCGGCUGAUCUUCCCAAAUGCUGA